AUGCCCCCCGUCUUCCCGUUCCUUGCAGUGCCAGCGAGCUUUGACUGCCGAAGGAAAAUACCCAUAAUCCUGUUCGGGAGGCGACAACUGGUCCACGCCGAGAAUCGCAAGCAGGAGGCAAGGCCCUGUGCCCUGGCAGCCCUGCAGCUGGAGCCCGGAGAUUAUCGCGGGCCCUGGAGAGCCCAGCUCGCCCCGGACGGCACUCGCGCUGCGGAGAGCUUCAUCGGCGAUGACAGCACCGACUGGCAGAGAAACAGUGAACAGCACCUGACUGCACAGGUCAGCUCUGGCGGUCAACCUAUUUAUUCCGCCGCCCUCCCGCGCACUCCGCCCCUAUCCCAACCCCCACGCCAGCACCACCACCAGCGCUUCCAAAGCCAAAGCUAUCUUCAACAACAGUCUCCCUUCCGCAUCCGCGACCCUAACACCACCACCCGGCAGCAUCUCCGACAAGCCUCUGCCGGCCGUCUCUGGAAUCCUACCAAUUCGACUCCGCGCUUCCUGCUAGAAUCUCCUCCCAGACCUAGACGUCCCUCGACUCCCACGCCGCCUUCGAUCCCCAUCCCGUAUCCCGCCCUCGACGUCUCCCUUCCAUCCGUCAAUCUUGGAGGCGCGCUUGCCAUUUCCGGUGACACCCCACUGUUAACGCUCUCAGAGCAGCGAGACGGCUGGAAUAAUUCUGGCGGUCCACGGAACAGCCUUCAGAUUGGUGGGGACACGGUCAGCCUGCCCCGAUCUGUGAGGCACUCAUACGACGAAAAGCGGAAAAGCAAGGGCACGCUCACUCCUUCGCCCACAUUCCCCGAGGAAUCAGGCGAGGACGCCGAAGCAGGGCCGUCGACAAGACCAUCUCGGGCGGUGCAGGAGGUGGACGCUGCGCAAGCCGGGGCGGUUCCCAGGCUCAGACGGCGCGACGAGCGGAUCAAUCCACACGUGACGGUCACCGAACUGAGCUCUCAAUCCAGCUUCCAGAAGUUUGACAAGGGCAAGGGCAAGGCAGUCAUGACGGCCAGCGAUGAGAAUGAGCAGCAACAACCGACGUCCUUUGAUCGGGAUCUGGAGCGGGGACCAGAAGACCAUGAGCGCCGGGACUCGACAGGCUCAAUAGGCGACGGGAUAGGAUCGGCCAUCUCAUCGAGCAACUCGUCCAUCCUAGGCGAUCCUGACGAGCAAGCCGACGACGAUGAAUGGGGACCUCAACAUCCGUGCUUCCCACACCUGAACCCCCACGUACCUGUGGACUCCCCGGAGUACGUGAACACUCGAAUAAUCAGGAUAAAACGGGAUUGGCUACUCGAGGGCGAUCUUGCGCCAACGUUUUCGAACAUGUAUCCCGAGAUCCUCGACCCGGCUGGUCUGUCUGAGGUGGAGUUUCGACGGGUUAUCGACAAGCUGAACUCUGAGCUCGUUCCGACAUAUAACCCAUACAACCCCCGAAAUGUCGUCGAUGGUAUUCUCGGCCUAGUAACAGGAUGGCUGUGGGAAGACUUUGGUUUCACGGGCGCGAAGGCCAGGCUUGCCAGGUUGGAGAGGUGGCUUGAGCGAUGGAACAAGGAGAUGGAGAAAACAGCUGGCGGAGAUGACAACAUUGUGCCGCCCAAGAUCAUCCCUUUAAGGCAAACGGCUUACAUGACGCUUGACAUCCAAAUCUUCGACCCUGAGAUUCUCCCGGCACAAAGCACCAGGGGCACGGAAUCGAGAGGGAACGACAGCCUGCCAGCUGAGCCAGGGCCUGCGGUGACGGCGGACUGA